AACUGACCCGAACCAACCACAUCGUCAACUCACAAGUCUUCACUCUUGUUUUUUCUCUUCCAUUGUUUCAUUCAAUUCAUUCACUCUGUUCUUCCUCUCCCACUCUCAUUUUCUCUCUCCUAAGUAACAGUUCGUCGUAAUUUUGAUACAAUGAAAGCCAGAAUGGCUCGAAACCUAGGGUUUUUGGCCCUUUUUCUAAUUGCGUCGAUCUGUGAAGCUGCGAUCUUUCGCCCAAUUUCGCAUUCUCACCGAUCUGCGGCUCUUGAGAUUUUCAAGCCAAUCGAUGGAUCCUUUAAAAGUCUUGAAGACGCUUAUGAGGCUUUAAGAACUUUUGAGAUCCUUGGAAUUGGGAAAGAUCUUGAUACAAGUACUUCAACAUGUGCAUUGAUUACGGAGACCCUUAAGUCUUCAUCUGCUAGUUUGAAGGAUCUCAGUGUUGCAUUGAAAUCGAACCGAGUCCUUAAGUGCAAAAUUGAUGGAGAGAAUUUUAAGGCUGUCAACUCAAAACUGCAAGCGGCAAUCACUAAAGCAAACUCAUUGCUUGACUUCUACUAUUCAGUUGGAAGCUUGGUACUUCUUAAGGAUCAGGCUGCUGAUCUAGAAAUUCAGCUUGAAAAUGCUGAUCAAAUCUUCCGCUCAGUCAAGGCUCUUGGUCAAAGUGAUGGACGGUGGCGCUAUAGUUCCAACAAACCUGAGUCCAGUACUCGUGCUGCUGGAAUAGCUCUUGAAACUCUUGCUGGUGUUGUGUCAUUAGCCUCAGCUGACAUCGAUCAAUCACUGAUUGGUACUCUGAAGAAUGAUAUAGUGAAACUGUUUGACAGCGUUGAGAAGUACGAUGACGGUGCCAUGUUCUUUGAUGAGAAAGUUGUUGAUGCUCUUGAAUACCAAGGUCCACUUUCAACUACAUCAUCAGUUGUUCGAGGACUUGUGGCAUUUGCUGAUGUAACCUCUGGGAAGAUUACUGUUUCUGGAGACAAAAUUUUGGGUUUGGCAAAAUAUUUUCUUGGCAUUGGAGUGCCUGGAAAUUCCCAUGAUUUCUUUGAACAGAUUGAUGCAUUAGCUUUGUUGGAAAACAACAGGGUGUCAAUUCCAUUGAUCUUGUCACUCCCUUCUACUGUGCUAUCCUAUUCCAGAAAUGACCAGCUCAAGGUUAAGGUGAACACCGUACUUGGGUCUGAGGCACCUGCCCUGACAGUGAAAAUCGUGCAAGCUGCCAGUGUUAAUUCAAAAAGUGCUCCCGUGAUUGAGAACCAGGAUCUUAAGUAUGCCGCAGAUGGUGGAUUCCAUGUUUUGGAUUCUUUGCCAAAGGACAUUGAUGUUGGGAAAUAUGAAUUUGUUUUCAAGAUUGCUCUCAAUGAUCCAAGUCAGAGUGAUAUAUAUGCUACAGGAGGCCGAACUUGGGUUAAAAUUUAUUUCACAGGAGAAAUUAAAGUUGAAAAUGCAGAGAUAUCAGUCCUUGAUAAUGAUCUUGGCAAUGUGGAAUCUCAGAAAAAGUUAGAUUUGUCCACAGACAGUGCCAUUUCUCUGUCAGCAAAUCAUCUUCAGAAGCUGCGCCUCUCCUUCCAGCUGUCCUCACCUCUGGGAAAUACAUUCAAGCCCCAUCAGGCAUUGCUGAAGCUGAGACACGAGACAAAUGUUGAACAUGUAUUUGUUGUUGGGAGUUCAGGAAAAACGUUUGAAUUUACACUGGAUUUCCUUGGACUAGUGGACAAGCUCUACUACCUUUCUGGCAAGUAUGAUCUGCAAUUAACCGUUGGAGAUGCUGUCAUGGAGAACUCUUUCUUUCGAUACCUGGGUCAUAUCGACUUAGAUCUUCCUGAAGCACCUGAGAAGGCAACUCGGCCACCUCUUCAGCCAAUUGACCCUCUUUCGAGGUUUGGACCCAAAGAAGAAAUAGCACACAUAUUCAGAGCCCCAGAAACGCGUCCACCUAAGGAACUGUCUCUUGUUUUCUUGGGCCUUACGCUUGUUCCACUUGUAGGAUUUUUUAUUGGGCUCCUUCGCCUUGGGGUGAACUUUAAGAAGUUCCCUACAGCAACAGUAUCUGCUGCAUUUGCUGCACUCUUCCAUGUUGGUAUUGCAGCUGUACUUUGCCUCUAUGUCCUUUUCUGGCUGAAGUUGAACCUGUUUACAACACUGAAGUACCUGAGCUUCCUGGGAGUCUUCUUGUUAUUUGUCGGUCACAGGACUCUUUCCAACCUAGCCAAAGUGAAAGCUGACUAGCACGGUACAUUGGAGGAAAAUUUCCUUGAUUGAAGUAUGUUGCUGGGUCACAUAUUUAUUUGAGGAAUUCCCCUUUCAGAAAGUUGAGAAGUUGUAGACAUUUAGAGUCAAUUUUGUAGAAUUCGAUUUUUCACUUGAGAGUGCCAGCUAUAGUGUAGUUCUUUAUUUUAUUGUAUACACAUGUAUUCAGAACUUUUAUCUAAAAGCAUUCUCUUCUAUGAAGUCUUACGAUAUUCCCCUCCC